AUGUCAAACAAUUCUGGUAUUCCUGAUGAGUUGUAUUAUCUAAAUGAAGAUUUCUCUAUUCGUUCGCUUCGAAAGUACCAGCUCAAAGAGAUUCUAACAGCUCACAAUAUUCCUUAUAUGCACGGCAUUACGAGGCCUGACUUGAUCAGUCUAUUCAAAAAGAACAUUCUAUCUCGCCGCGAUGAGAUCUUGAGAGAGCACAAAAAAACUGAAAAGCCGGAAGAAAAGAUAGACAACCACGAGGAGAAGGCAUUGGGACGUGGACGUAGAACUUCACAAAAGCCGGACAACUUCUAUCAAGAUAAAUUGUCUUUGACCAAGCGUCGCCAGAGACGAACCGAAGAGACCGUCAAAGCAGCUGCAAGAAAGGAUAAGGACGGUUACGCUAUUCCAGCACUUCCUAGCAGUAGAAAAAAGACAGUUCCAGCAUUCAAUCCCGAGGACUCUUUCGACGACGAAGAAGAGAAUCAUUUUACUCCUUUACCCUCCUUUUCAAUGGAGCAACUCAAACCACACAAGGUUGUUAGCAAUGCCAGCAGUAGCAGCAGCAACAUACCUACUGUUGAAUCCAACAGAGCACCAGCAGCAACACAAAGAACUACAAGACGAACCAAAUUUGAUCCUCCCAGCUUCAACCCGGAAGACUCAUUUGCUUCAUCGGACGACGAGGAUUACGAGAAUAGCGAAAUGAUGGAAAGAAAAAUACGUCAGAAAUCACCUAAGCGCAAGGUGGGUGCCAAGCGAGUAUCCUUUGACGGUGGUGUACAACCUGUGGAGGAUGAAGAGGAAAACGACCCUGACUACCAAGCAGAUGAAGAUGCAUCCGACGACGAUGAGGACGAGGAUUUGGGAGAGGUUGAAAAGGACGAAUUGGUCCAACUAUACAAAGAUCAAGCAGUGCCACCAGAAAAAUUAGUAUCACCCGAGUAUUCUAUUUUAACUCGGUCUCAAACAAUGGCUGCUGCUAAAGACAGCAUGCUUUUAUGGAAAGCCAGAAUCAGGCAAGUAGGCUAUGUGCUUUGUGGUAUAUACAUGUUCUUUGCAUUGAUCUGUUUGGGGAUCACAGCAUAUGCACGUCAAAAGAAUGGGUACUGUCAAAGCUAUCCCGAUAUUGUCACUGAAAUGCCUGCCCCAUCAUCCAUUUUUUCAUUACUGCCUUCGCCUUGCAUUCCAUGCCCAGAUCAUGGUAUUUGCGCUGGCGGCGUAUUGACCUGUGAUACACUUUAUGAACGAAAGACACCGCUCUACAACAUUGGACACAUGUUCCCCAUCGCUGACGACUGCAUUCAUAAUUCAGUACUAGGAAAAUAUGUUGCUCGUGUUGAACGCAAAAUCAAAAACAAGUUGGCCAUGCAUCAAGGAGAAUCCGCUUGCAGACAUCUUUUGGCUCAUGCCGAUGUAGAGAGCAUGGAACCAGCACCCAUCGUUCGAGUGCUCGUCAAAGACAUCUUAUCUGAUCUCAAGGAAUCCAUUCAACCUCCUCUUCCAGUAGACAAAUCGGAUGAAAUUAUGGUAAUUGCAUUGGCUGCUGUAUUGGAGGAUCCCAAAAUCCACUACUGGGAGGUUGAUGGCGAUAGAUAUUUGGGCACAGAGCAUGUUCAGUACUCUACCAAAUGCCAGCUUCAACGAUUAUACAAAAAGACGCCUUUCAAUGUCAAGAUGAUGAUCCUUACUUUCAUUUCUAUAGCCUCCGCCUUUAUUGGAGCUUCAAGAGACUACAAAAGAAGCAAGAUGUACAAACACAAGAUUGACAUUCUUGUAAAGGAUACUACAGAACGCCUAAUGAAACAGUAUGAAAAUCAUCUCAAGGACCCUAUUCAACAUCCCUCAGCCGCUCUGUCUGUUUCUCAACUUCGCUCUUUCAUUGUGGAUGUCAACGACAGCAAAACGAUCAACGAUUGGCAAAAAGUAGUAGAAAAGAUAGAGGUGCAUCCCCAUAUUCGAAAAUCAUUCCGAGAAGUUCGUGGAGAUCCUGUAGAGUACUGGGAAUUAACCGUAUAA